AUGAGUAAUGAUAUAACAGAUCAGCUUCAAACAGAUUUGGCUUCAGAAAAUUAUUUUUCAAUCUGUCUUGACGAAAGUACAGAUGUAACUUCACAGACGCGACUAGCAGUCUUUGUUAGGUUCAGUAGUGUUAAUAUUAUGAGGGAAGAAUUAAUAAAAUUAAUGACGAUUUCUACUAAAACAACUGGUCAAGAUAUUAUGAAUGUAGUACUUAAAGAAUUCGCCAAUUUAAAAAUAAAUAUAAAUAAUAUUGUUUCAAUAAAUAAGGAUGGUGCCCCUAAUAUGGUUGGCAAACACAAUGGAUUUGUUCAACUUUUUUCGAAUGAAAUUUCUCAUCCGUUAAUCAGUUUUCAUUGUUUAAUACAUCAAGAAGCGUUGUGUGCUAAAGACAGCUUGAAAUCGCUUCAAAAUGUAAUGGAAGUAGUUACAAAAGUUGUCAAUUUCAUUACAUCUCGUGCUUUAAAUAACCGACAAUUUACUAAAUUAUUAGAUGAAGUUGAAUCACAAUACGCUGGCCUUUUAAUGUAUAACAGUGUUCGUUGGUUGAGUCGUGGUCAAGUUCUUCAUCGAUUUGUUGCAUUAUUAGAAGAAAUACGAUUAUUUUUAUUCGAAAAAUCUCAAGACUAUCCAGAACUUAAAGAUUUAAAUUGGUUGAACGAUUUAAUGCUUUUCACUGAUUUUACUACAAUGUAUAAUGAAUUAAAUAAAAAACUCCAAGGGCCCGGUCAAAUAGUCUUAACAAUGUUUGAAAAUAUCAAAGAUAGUCAGACUGACAUCAAAUGUAUGAAUGUAAAAAAAUCAUGUUUAUAA